UCUACUGCCUCACUGGAAAUAUCGAUAGUAUCGAAUAAACAUCGUUAUUUGUUCCAGCUCUUCUACAUCUCUGACAAAUUCUACAAAUCAACAUGGCCAACACUCCAGCAACAUCCAGUGUCGCAGGACCCGUGCUCCGUGGCCUGCACAACGCCACCAUCAAGAAGAACCUGGCCAUUUCCCUGGGAUUGACCGCCAUCAUCACCGUUGCCUACAAACUUCUGGUUAACGAUCCCAAGAAGGCCGCCUACGCCGACUUCUACUCGAAGUACGAUGCUAACAAGUCCUUCGAGCGCAUGAAGGCCGCCGGUCGUUUCCAGUCCUGUUAAACUAGGCAAAUCCCAAAAAACACAUGUAGUCUAAGUCAAAAAGAUGUUGUAGAGCAAGUGUUACGCUUCUGUAUUGAAAACUAAAUAGAUUUCAGUCUACUUAUGUG